CACCAAAAAGAUGGGGCGUCGUUAACCUUACAGUUACAGGGGAAACUAUACUCUGCUUGGUACCAACGUCGCACCAAAAUUGAAGGAUCCUUCUCAUUUUUCACUGUUUUGUUAACCCCUUCCCGAAGGAGUCGGCACUCAGAAGUAUCUUUUUCACCGUUCCAAUCAAGUCGCACCUUCUUCUCCACUCAGUAUUUCACUCCCACUCUCUUCUUCUUCUUCUCACCAUUCACCGAUGGCAACAGCACAACAAGAAUCAGGAUUAGGAUCAGGAUCAGAAUCAGCCGUUGCAGUUAACGGCGUUGAAGACUCCUACUUCUCAGCUCUCUUUGAUGAUGAAGGUAACCUCGUCCCCAUCUCCGAUGAUAAGUACGCUCAUGAAUUGCAGUUACAAGAGACCAUCAUGUCCUCCUUCAUCGCUUCUCAAAGCACCAUCGAAGGCUCAGGCUCAUCAUCAUCAAAAACCGUUCGUUGCCUUCCAUCUUCAUCAACACCUUCGUCAUCACGACCAGUCUUUGUUGUCCCCAAAACCGAGUACAUAGAGCUUCUGGAUGACGACGAAAUGCUUAUCGUAUGUGAGAUUUGUGCAGAAACCAAAGGGACUGAUCAGAUGUUCAGGAACAAGAAAUGUGAUCACUCCUUUUGCUCUGACUGUGUCACCAAGCAUGUGGCCACAAAGAUCCAAGAGAGCUUAACGAUUGUUCCUUGCCCCGGAUUGAACUGCAAGGGCGUGAUGGAGCUUGAUUCCUGCAGGCCCAUGCUCCCAAAAGAGGUUCUUGAUAGGUGGGACGAUGCACUCUGUGAGGCCCUGUUUCUUGCGGUUCCGAAAUUCUAUUGCCCCUUUAGGGACUGUUCUGCAAUGCUGCUUGACGAGAAUGAGGGCGGUGAAGGGAUUAUCAGGGAAGCUGAGUGCCCCUUUUGCCACAGGCUCUUCUGUGCCAGGUGUUGUGUUCCAUGGCACCCUGGGGUUGAGUGUAACGUGUUGCAGUCACUGAAUGAGGAUGAGAGAGGGAGGGAGGAUCUUCUUCUUAGGGACCUUGCUGCUCAAAAGAAAUGGAAUAGGUGUCCCAGAUGCAAGUUCUAUGUGGAGAAGACUGAAGGGUGUUUGCAUAUUACAUGCAGGUGCCGAUUCGAGUUUUGCUAUGCUUGUGGUGAACCUUGGAGUAACACUCAUGGUGGAUGCCAAAGGAAUUAGAUGAUUUAAGAAUAUCUUUCAUGAAAAUUGAUGUGUUCAUGUGGAUAUAUGUGAAAAGGAUGAUUCUCCGGUGACUACCGUUGUAGUGGCUACAUAUGGUUACGUUUUGAUUACAGUGUUGACUGAGGAUUAGCAUUUCUUUUGCGGUAAAUACAUUUUUUUACCAUGUUCACUCUUUAGUUAAAUAUUUGUCUAGUGUGGUGUUUAAAUCCAAAUUUCAUGUUUGUGGAUAUUUGCUUUUGGUAGCUCUAAUCAUUUAAUAUUGAC